CUCAGUUACAUGGCGUACUGCGUUUGAAAUUUGCAGGAAAAACAAACAUCUCCCAACAUAAGGCAACGGAGACAGUAGAGGCUGACAUGGCAGAGAGAAUGGAAGAGAUGGAGGAAGACAUGGGGGAUGUGCCAGCCGGAGAGGAUGACAAUGACUCAGACAGAGAUGAAGAUGACAGACUGUUUGCUUGGAUGGUCAAUGACGACAUGGAUGAGGACGAGGAAGAUGAAGAGGAAGAGGUGGAGGAUGAACAACCCUUGGACACUGAAGCAUCUGAGUCCUUUGAGUUGGACACCCCAGCAGAGCGCAGUGGUCACAUAGCUGUGAUUGACAGAAACAUCAUGUAUAUUUGGGGUGGAUACAAGAAUGCUCAAAACCACGGAUUCUUUGACUUGUAUCUGCCGAGAAAUGAGAUCUGGACAUACAACAUGGAGUCAGGAGUAUGGACAAAGCAUGUAGCUGGAGGAAACCUGCAAACAUCCAUGUCAGGCAGCUGCGGGGUGUGCGUUGACGGAGUCCUCUACUUAUUUGGAGGUCAUCAUGCCAGGGGAAAUACAAACAGGAUCUACCGCCUGCCCCUGAGAGCCCCCAACCUUGUCUGGGAGGAAAUGAGGGAUCUUAAAGGACUCCCGCCAUCCUGCAAGGACAAGCUAGGGUGCUGGGUUCAAAAGAACAGACUGAUAUUCUUUGGGGGUUAUGGCUACGCUGCACAAGGACCUCAUCAAGGGACUUUUGAAUAUGAUGAAUCAUCCUCACAUGUGUGGGACAGCCCUGGACGAGGCUGGAACAACCACAUCCAUAUCCUGGACCUGGAAACAUCUACAUGGAGCCAGCCCAACACCACGGGGAACACCCCAUCACCCAGAGCAGCUCAUGCUUGUGCCACAGUUGGUAACAGAGGCUAUGUCUUUGGAGGAAGAUACAAGAACUACAGACUAAAUGAUCUGUACUACAUCGACCUAGACACAUGGGAGUGGCAUGAAAUGAGCGUUCCCCAGCAGGGUCCUGUGGGCCGGUCUUGGCAUUCCUUCACUCCCGUGUCACCAGACCACAUCUUCUUAUUUGGAGGAUUCACCACAGACAGAGAGACACUGAGUGACGCUUGGCUGUACUAUGUGAGCAAAAACGAAUGGAAGCCUUUCAAACACAGUCACACAGAGAGCCCGAGGCUGUGGCACACAGCAUGCUCCGGUCCUGAUGGAGAGGUGUUUGUGUUUGGAGGAUGUGCCAACAAUCUGUUGUCUCAUCAAAGAGCUGCUCACAGCAAUGAGUUACUGGUUUUCAACGUUCAACCUAAAUCACUAGUUCGAUUCUGCAUGGAGGCUGUUUUGCAGCACAGGGAGCGUUUGUCUAGUUACUGGGACUGUUUGCCGAAACACCUCCUGCACAGCCUCAAACUGAGAAUGGCACGUGUCAACACCCUGGGCUCCUAGACGAACAUGUCAGUCUAGUCCAGAGGAUUACAGGAGACUAUGUAUGUAUGGAUGAAUGUUACCUCUCAAAGCAGGUAGUCCUACUGGAGCAUUAGUUUAAUGUGUGUGGACACAAAAAAUCUCUAAGCAACAGUGAACAGCUGUGGAACUGUUAGAAAUGGAUCCUGACUGGCACUGUUCACAGGCGAUCCUUAAAACUUUUUUUUUUUUACCUUUUCUUAUAGAUUAAACUCUUGCAAAGCCAGUAAAACAUAAAGUGGAGUUGCAGUGCAGGUGAUGCACAGCACAUAAGAGAGAGCAGCAGUUCCUGGACUACCUUCGGGUUAGUUUGUUUUAGUAAAAGCAUAAUUUUUCAGCAGGACUUCUUUAAAUAUUCAUUCUGAAAAGUUUAAAUGUAACAGCAUAGUUUUUAUUUCCCUGUUCGAAGACAAAUGGUUUGCUACUUAUGUACUGGAUAAAAAACAAUAAGAUAAAAUAGUUGUCAGCAAUUAGUAACUGCAAAAACAGGGAAACUAUGACAGCGCUUCCAUGUUUAAAGCCCCUGUUCAAGGCAGGAAUAUUGCGCCAUUAUGCCACCUCGCCAUUUGUAUAAAAGGUACAACUGGGGGUUGUUAUGCGUGCAACCGCGAGAAAUUUAAAAAGCAGCUAGUAGCAGUAAGUGGCUAACUCAAAGAAAAAGAACAGUAGCUGUAAAUGUCUGCAAAGUGCUCAAACAAUGUGAUUCGGGAUUUCCUUAACCUCCGAACAUAGAAUGAGAUCAGCUGCCAUAUAACAGGAAUAGUGAAUGAUUGUGAUUGACACGUUAUGCCAUUGUUAUUGUUUAGAAAGUGCUGCAGAAACAUAUGAUAUAUGUCAAACUAGAGGCUGUUGUGUGCAACGUCACGCCUUAUUUGCUUCCGCGAUGAUGACAUGCUAUUGAAAAUCGCACACUGUUAGCUGCUCAAUACUGCCGUCAUUUGGUCCUGUGUGAAAAUAAAAAGAAGGGACUUAGCAGCAGCCCUAUAGCAUGAUCUCUUUGUAAAAAGGGCUUAAGAUUGUUAGGGGGUUAUGUUGAUUAAUGCUAACAAAAAUAAUUAUUUUUUUAACUUGGUUAAAACGAGAAGUUAAUAUUGUGUUGUGAUAGACAGUGCAGUAGUAGAUACCCACUCAACUUAGAAUACGAACAGAAAACCCCGCUCUCAUGAUCAGCUUUUCAGGAAAACCACUAAACGAAACCCUGUGAGAAAAUUAAUUGUGUGAGGCUAGUAAGGAAAAAUAAUAGUUUGAAAAAAGGGAAGGACUUCCCUUUCCUCCACAAGAUUGUAGUGCAUCCUGUAGGUAUAGUCAAAGAGUCAAGAGAAGAGAUCAGGUCCCGUAAAACAAACACAUACGCCAGUCACUUGUUCAAACUGUGGUUUUCACUGGUCUUACUCAGAAAUCGAACUUAAAAUAUCAGUCUAAUGUCUUAACACUAAAUAAAUGGUGCGAGGCUGAAACAAGUUUGCUUUAACAGUGCAGAAUUUUUUAGAGUGCCUGUUGCUUUAAUUAUUGCUAAUGUUUGGCACGAUCUUUAACACAGACGUUUGCUAAAUCUUGGAUAGUUAAGUCUCACAGACCUAAAACUAGUGCUUUGUUACGCAAGACUAUCUACUCUGAAGCCACAGAAAUGUUAAUUUUUAUUUAUAUAUAAAUA